AUGCCCAAACAGCGAUCGACGUGCACAAGGUGUAGUCAGCGCCGACAAAGGUGCGAUCGCAAGACGCCCUGCUCAAGAUGUAUCCAAAACAAGGAACCGCAUCUUUGUACAACGAUAUGGAAAGAGGGCUACAAUCCUUCCGUCCAUAGGCGCUACCCGAGGAAGCCCUCUUCCGUAGGAAUUUCUGAAAGCUCCUCAUCUUUGCAUGAACCCUCCUUAGGCGGGCUAGAGGAUGAGCCACCCUCGACUGCGGCUGAUGAUAUCCCAGCGAGGGCGCCUCCAGUGACAGGGCCUGAGCUAUCAAGGUUUCUCGAUAUAACCAUAGACUCGCUACUAACCGAAAAAGAUGGCUCAUUCUCUCAGUCUGCCAUAUUGAACCAAAGCAUUGAACACGUAAAGUCUGCAGGGGCACAAAUAGAUGGAUCCAAUCGAGUCGCAAACUUUUCCUCACCAGUUGCCAAAGCUACGGAAGUACAGCAACUGCAGAAGUUGAUUCCAAGCAAAAAUGUUGUCAUGACAAUCACGGAUUACUACGAGAAACAUAUGCUCUACUGGAUGGGAGGUCUGUACUAUGCUCCUGCAUUGCGCGAAGAACUGCUUCAAGCUUAUGGGUCGUCUGAAACGCUGAAUUUGUCGAACCUGGAUUGGAGAUGGACUAGUCUCAUAUUUGCAAUUCUCUCUUCUGGUAUGAUCGCUUCUCCAGAAACGCUUUCCACAUCAUGGGGCUACUCUAUUGACGAGAAAAUACGUGCUUCUCGCGAAUGGGGCAUUGCAGCAAACUCAUGUCUACAUAUCGGCAAUUAUGCAGCACAAUACCAUAUUCGUUCCAUACAGGCCAUCUACGUCCUGCAUGGACUCAGUUCACACCCUGACGACGCCAGGGUCAUGCAACUCACUGGUGCGAGGAAGCAAGCCUUCAUUGAUCGCGAGAUAGGCAGAAGACUUUGGUCCCAAAUAUGCUCUCAAGAAUGGCAAGUCGGCACAACUUGA